UGAAGCAAAGCAUAUUCCAGUAUGCUUAAGCUGUGUGGACUUCAAUUUCUGCUUGUCAUUCACUCGGCUAUGUGCCUUAAUCUGGGGGACCUUCAUGUAACUGGGCCUCUGAAGGACAUGAAUUUCUCUAUUCCAGAAGGAGGGGGUGUGCGCAUCCUUUACCAGUUCACAUCUGAGCCACCUGCUGUGACAUUCAGAUUGUCUGGUGAUAAAGAUGGAAUAAUAGACAUUGCGCCGGAGAAGGGCAUCCUGUAUCUCAAUGGGUCUCUGGAUUGGGAGACCAAACCCGUGCACUGGCUGCAGGUGGAAAGUCUGGAUGUAAAUGGAAAUGUAGUGAAAGGUCCAUAUGCUGUUACAAUAUAUGUGGAGGACAUCAAUGACAACCCACCAGAAUUUGACCAGAUAACAUAUGCUGGAGUAGUGAGGCAGAACUCUCGUCCAGGCAAACCCUUCAUGUAUGUCCAUGCCACUGACCGCGAUAAUCCUGCAACUCCCCAUGCACAGCUGACGUACAGCAUUCUCCAUCAUUUUCCCAACCCUUAUAAAGAAAUGCUUUUCCAGAUUGAUAAUGUAACAGGAGCCAUCUCACCGAGUAGGACGGGCUCUUAUUACUUAGAUCCUCAAAAGCAGGACACCUUCACACUUGUUGUUUCCGUGAAGGACAUGGCAGGAAUGUCAACAAAUGCUUUCACCAGCAGUGCCGAUGUGAUCAUCCAUGUGAAGGAGAGCCUGUGGAAAGCUCCCGCCACCAUCCGCAUCCAAGAAAACUCUACCCAGGUCCAUCCUGUCAACAUCAGCCAGGUGCAGUCAAAUGAGCCAAAUGUAACUUAUGACAUUUUUGAAAAAGAAAAGCUGCCCAGGCUCCCGUUUUCCAUCAGUCAGGAUGGGGUUAUUUAUGUGACCAAGCCACUGGACAGGGAAGAAAAGGAUACUUAUACGUUCUUUGUGGUCGCAAAAGAUAACCAGGGAGAAUUGACGGACAAGCCUUUGCAAAUUCAUGUUAUUGUGGAAGACAUUAAUGACAAUCCCCCUGUGUGCAAGCAGGCCCUCACUGUAAUUGAAGUUCAAGAAAAUGAAGUUGGAGGAAGCAAUAUUGGCACCCUGUUUGCUACAGACAUGGAUGAGGAGAACACCCUUAACUCUCGCCUGCGGUUCAAAAUCAAAAGUCAGGUUCCUGAAGUUCCCACAAGCAAUUUGUUCUAUGUUCAGCAAGACACCGGGGUUUUGCAGUUAACUGGUCGUUCCUUAAGCAAGUUCUAUGCAUCCAACUAUUCAUUGGAGGUGCUGGUGACAGAUGGAGCAUUUGAAACAAUCUGUGACGUGGAAGUACAUGUCAUUGACAUCAAUGAUCAAAUUCCUAUCUUUGAAAAAUCAGAUUAUCACAACGUGACCAUUGCAGAAAGUGUCCCAGUAGGAACUGUGAUAUUAGAAAUUCAAGCUCACGAUGGAGAUGAGCCUGACACAGGGAGCUCCCUCAUCAUCUACCAAGUGCACGAAGGAGAUCCAAACAACACAUUCAUCAUAGACACAGAUGCUAAAACAAACCGAGGGUUCAUGAAGAUUAACAAGGCUCUUGAUUUUGAAACAAAGCCAGUGUACAACCUGGUGAUCAAUGCCACAAACCCCGAACCGCUGGUGCCAGGAGUACAGUACAACUCAAGUUCCCUUACCCUGUUUAAAGUUUUCUUAACAAAUGAGGAUGAGCCACCUGUUUUCCUCAAGCCAGUUUACCAAGAAGAAGUGUCUGAAGACGUUCCUGUCAAUACCCUGGUCAUGACUGUGGAGGCCUAUGAUCCUGAGGGGGAUUCUGUACGAUACUCCUUAGAAGGUGAUGUGAAGAAAUGGCUGAGAAUUAAUUCAAUCACUGGGCAGGUAUACACUGCUUCCCGUUUGGAUCGAGAAGAAACAGAAAUGUACACAAUAGAUGUUGUUGCAACAGAGCUGAAUAACGCAGCUCAGAAAUCCAGAACAUCCUUGAUUCUCCACUUACAGGAUGUGAAUGACAACCUUCCAUAUUUAGUUAAGGAUAAUCCUGCUUUCUUCUGCUACCCGGUCAGGGGAGGAGAGAGAACUCUGAUUCAAGCUACUGAUGCUGAUGAACAGUGGUUUUAUUCAAAAUUUACGUUUUCCCUUCCGGAUGAUGUUAAUACAAGAAAUAAUUGGGAAAUCUCAAAAGUCAAUGCUACUCAUGCUUACCUCUCUCCAAAACAUCCUAACUUUGAAGAGAAGAUUUAUAACGUUCCAAUAAUACUUAAUGACAAUGGAAAGCCAGCUUUGGAAAACAAGGUGCAUCUUAAAGUAAACAUCUGCAAGUGUUCAAGUGAAAAGUCGUGCUUUAUUGAAGUAGAGCGUCAGCACUCCUUGCCAACCGCUGGGCAGGCAAUUGGGAUUCUAAUUGCUGUCCUGCUCAUCAUUGGUGCCAUUUUAGGGGGUGCAUUUUUCCACAUAAAAUACAAACAGAAAAAUGAAAAGAGCCAUCACAAAGAUGCAACAGAUAGUGCUGAACUCAACAAACUGACUUAA